UAUGUAUGUGUGUGUAAUCCCUGUGCUGACCCAGAAAGCGCUCAGCAGCAGCAGCUUGUUCAGACUAGAGUACAGUUGCUGGAGAUACCUGCGCUGCUUUACAGAGACCGAGAACACGGAACAGCAUCUUUACAACAACAGCAUCUAUUUGACGUUGAGAAGGCAUGGCUGAACACAUGAUGAUGCCUAUGACCCACGGCUCUGCUGGCGGAGGCCUGCAUGGGUAUCGCAUGGGAAUGAACGGCCCUUCUCCGCACGGACACCAGCCCGGUCUGCGGACCCUUCCCAAUGGGCAGCUCAUGCACUACGGCAGAGGGCCCCAGACAACCAUGGAGGCGGCCAUGAGGCAGAGGAACAUGAUGAACGGUGCCAUGAAUGGUCAGGUCAACGGCCAGAUGAGCGGCGGACACCCCCACCAAAUGCAACAGCCCAAUAUGAUGUACGGAGGUCCAAAUCAGCAACCGCAGGCUCACCCUCAAACCCAGCACCAUCAUAUGCACCCACAGAACCAGCACCCGCAGCAGUAUAUGGGUGGAGGAGGCCUUACAGCAUCUCAGCAGCUUAUGGCGAGCAUGCAUCUUCAGAAACUCAAUACGCAGUACCACGGGCACCCGCACGGACCCAUGAACGGGCAUCACAUGGGAAACGUUCAGCACAGAAUGGGUCCUGCUCAGUUGGCAGGCAUGCAGAUGGGCAUGGGUGGGCCAGCGUUGGGCCUCAACGUCAUGGACAUGGACUUGAUUGAUGAAGAGGUUCUGACGUCCUUGGUGCUGGAGUUCGGCCUGGACCGAGUUCAAGAGCUUCCUGAGCUUUUCCUCGGACAAAACGAGUUUGAUUUCAUCUCGGACUUUGUGUGCAAGCAGCAACCAAGUACUGUCAGCUGCUGAAGCUUUGCUUCUGGUCCUUGAAUCAGAGAAAGACUUGGUCACCAAAAAGGAGCUGGGGCAAGACAAGAAAAGCCAAAACAACCAUGUUGUCCGUAUCUGUGAAGCUGUGCUAGUGCACACUUUAUUUCAAGUUCUGGAUGUUCCUCAGAUGAUCUUCAGCAGAAGUGUGGCUCUGGCCAGCAGGUGUUGUCUUGUCCCACUGGCCAUUCUGGAAUGACGUGACCAAGUGUCCCAGGGUUGAAUGUAACUUCAUGGUGGAAAAAAGAAGUCUGCUUGGAACUUUGCAGAAACUGCUUUGCCUCCUCAGGAGGAAACUAGAAUCAAUAGCAUUUAGAAAUGUAUUUAUGUAUAACACCUACCAAAAAGCAGACGUGCUCUGUGGUGAUAGAGACUUGCCUUUUCUCAAACUAACCCCUUGUGAUAAAAGACCUUUGAAUGAGUGUGUUAUGUGGGAAUUGAAGGCUGGUACUUCAAAACGGGUUGUUUUUCCAGUAGCUCUUAAUGAUAUUUGAAAUGGUAAGGGGGUGGUGAAGUGGUAGCAGUUGGGUAUGAAACAUUCUUUGUGUGCAGUGUUUCCAUUCUACUACUAUGUAAAAUGUGUCACAUUUAACACUCAUUUUUUUUUGCUACAUCUGACUGAAUAAGACCCAAAAUGAGUGUCUUAACAUUCACUAUAGGAUGUGUCUUGAAACCUUCAGGAAUAUUUCUGUGUUUUCUGAAAAAUGGUGGAAUGUUUUGUAGCCUCCCUUACGAAAUGCUGAGCCUGUGCUCCCUGCUGAUGAGUCUGAACUGCCUUAUAGUUUUUUUAAACGGAUAUUGAUAAAUAUUCACUGUAGACAUUCUUACCGUGUUCAACGGGAUGCUCUUUGUGUGACAUCGAAACUCCAGCUGUUAUGUAGUGUUUGCUCAUAUUGUAGUGAAGACCACAGUUUCCAUUAAGCAGCAUUAAUAAUUAAACCUUCCACUUGCUUCUAAAUUAACCUGAAUGUCGAUCGUUCAAUUGUUGUUUGAAACAACCACUAACCAUAGCACCGAUUUCCUGAUGUGUGUUUAAGCCAACCUUACAAACGGGCGCAAAAUGUUGCUUCCCUCCUCGCUCCCCAAACACUGCAGGUUUAAACCUGAUUAUUUUUAAAUUACACUUACAACCUUCUUGUUAAUUGAGGUCAGCAUGGUCAGUCAUCUCAGAUGGCCUGAUAAUUACAAAAUGGACAUGUUCAUUUGCUUGCUAUCGCUCAGGGUGUAAUGAAGAGUUGGGAACGGCUGCCCUGCUGGGUUUGAGAACUUCCUGUGUCGUUAUGUUGCUAGUUCUUGAGUUCUCUGUGGGGGUUGGGUUGGUAUGGAAAUAGCACAGCAUACAGUACUAGUAGGUUAAUCUGUUCCACCAGAGCCGGGCUCAACUCCCUCGACUCUACCCGCCCCAGCUCGGGUAAUUGCUCUACGUACGGCUUGGGAUUGUGAACAAUUGCCACCCAAUGAAAAAAAGCACAAACAACUUGAUGGGUCAUAUCCUGUGUUUUACAACUCCCAUCUUGGCUGAUUGUUUAGGGCUUUGAUGCACAAGGAAUGGGAAAUUCAGUUUCAGACUUUGAUUUCGUCAGCUGUAUUUCUUAUAUCAGUAGAGACUGAACUGUUUUCCCCAAUUAUUCUGUAAUUUGUGAAACUUGGAUGAUUAUAAACAACCCAUAUCUAGAAUUGAAUGAUAUGUAGAUUUUUAAUUGAUGAUUGAAUGAUUUUCCACAUUCCCAGAGACUGAAUCAUGUUCAAGUUUUGUUUUGUUAAAGGGAGGAAAUAUGUGAAACUUUUAAAAGAAUGCUACUUGAGUUUGUCAGUCUGUAAAUCACAAACCACCCCGCAGAUGCGUCAGAAUGUCCCUUGCAGGUGUGAUUGUAUGUUCUCUUUCAAACUGUGUGCUAUGUACUGUCGCCAUGCUCCCACAAAUGCUUUUUUAAAUGUUGUUGAUUCUAUCUUAAGAAAAUGUAUUUAUUUUCAUUGAAAAUAAAAUAUUUAUUUAAAGAA